AUGAUGACCAAGAUGAUGACCAAGAUGAUGACCAAGAUGAUGACCAAGAUGAUGAACAAGAUGAUGACCAAGACGAUGACCAAGAUGAUGAACAAGAUGAUGACCAAGACGAUGACCAAGAUGAUUGCGCAAAACGAGAAUCCCGUCGCUUUCAAUGUGGGACGGAACAAUGAAGAUGAGUACGUCACGUACACGAUCGUGACGUGUGAAGAAAUCGCGACCGCACCAGCUGACUUCGCCAAGCUGAAAAUUAAACGAUUUCGCGGAGGAUCCGCGAAGGACUGGCUCCAAUGGAGCAUGAAGUUCAAGAGCCUCGCGAAAAGAAAAGGCUGGGGUGCUGACCAACUCACCGUUCAACUGCUCACGCUGAUCGACGGAGAUCUAUCGCGCGAGGUCGAGCGCAUCGCCAGCGAAUCUUCCGAGAAAGGACAUACGUUUGAAGACUUCUACCGUGGGGUCGGCUUACUCCUGGUUCCUGCGGACUACAGUGAAGACCUAGAUGAGGAGCUAUGGACCCUGACCAAGCGCCGAGACGAAACAGUUCAACGCUGCUCGGCACGUCUGCGAGAGCUUGCUUAA